UCACUGACUCCUGCACCAGCUACAGCAGCAACGUCAGUGUGCAAACAGUUGACAGAGCCACAGCCACAGAGUUUAUACCCCCUCAGUGCUGCUGGAGGUGGGACACAGUUCCAGCCCUCCACACAUUGAUUCACAUAAGAUUAAGCCACUCCAUGAUGCUUCAGGUGGGAGGGCCAGACCAGCUGAUUUACCACACCUGUCAGACUUAGUCUUUGGAGGACUCCUUUGCUCUGCUCUUGAUUUCUGCAGAACUUGUAAAAAGCAUCUCCCCGCUGCACCAACCACCUCACCCAAAGGAAUGACUUGCAGCCAUAUUGUUCAGGAGUAAGAGAGGAAGGAAAGUCAAUGAGCUGGACUAUGACUCUACAAGAUGACUUUGGGGUCAUUGCCUGGACACGGCGAGCUGGGGACUGCCUCAUACUUUUCUUCCUCUUGUGUAUCUUUUCUAUUCCAGUCCAGUCAGACAUCGUGUUUCCAAAGGACCAUCAUUUCUCAUGGAAAGCAGGCCAGUGGGGUCAGUGUAUUGGGGAAGAGUGCGGCUCUGGUGGGGUUCAGAGUCGAACAAUAUGGUGUGUCCAUAUGGAGGGCUGGACCACCCACCAUUCUCACUGUCAGCACACCGCCAAGCCUGAGAGCCACAGACACUGCUUUAAGGUCUGUGAUUGGCACCAGAAUCUCUUUGAGUGGGACUUGUCCAACUGGGGGAGUUGUGUUCUUAUCCCUUUUUCUCCCAACGAGUUCAAGCUGAGGAUGACACAGUGCAUUACAGCGCAACAUGGCCUCCAGAGGCGAAAGGUCCAGUGUGUACGAACUUCCAACCGCACAGUGGUCACCUCAAGGAUAUGUGAGUUCUUUUCUCAGAAACCACCUGUGGAACAGGCCUGCCUCAUCCCCUGCCCCCAGGACUGCGUGGUUUCAGAUUUCACCUCAUGGUCAAGUUGCAGCAAAACCUGUGGUGUUGGGUUGCAGCAUCGGACACGACAUGUGCUGACCACGCCCAUGUACGGAGGGGCGAACUGCCCCAACCUUACAGAGACCAGGACUUGUACUAACACUGUAGCCUGCCCUGGUGGGGAAGGUGACUACAAGUACAGCCUUAAGGUGGGAGCGUGGAGCAAGUGCCAGUUACCACACCACAAAGGGGUGAUGAUACAUGGUAGGACCACAGUGGAUUUCAGCUCCAAGGAGAACAGCACAGUGAAGCGUCAAACACAGGAAACUCACCAUCACCAUCACAGUCUUAACCAAACUCACAAUCAUCAUCAUCAUCGACAUCAUCAUGAAUCUGAUGGCUAUUACCCCAUGUCAUGGGAGCUGGAGGUGGGAUACCAAACACGACAGAUCCGCUGCACACGGAGUGAUGGCAAGAACGCCAUGCUGAGCCUUUGCACGAAGGACACCUCUCCCAUGACCUUCCGGGCAUGUGUGAUGGCAGAAAACUGUGAGACGUCUGAUUGGUCACAGUGGAGUCCAUGUUCUAAGACCUGCCGCUCUGCUGACCUGUCUCCUGGUUACCGCCUCCGGUCACGGAUGAUGACACAGAUCCCUGUUGAUGGAGGAAAAGCAUGUCCUGCCCUUGAGGAAAAAGAAGCUUGUAACAUCAUGGGAGAUUUGCUUCCUAACUGCCCCAGGUACAUCUGGAGGAUGACUGACUGGGGCGAUUGUCGCAUCGCCCCCUUACUGAGCCAGCAGGACCGUCGACUGGCAAACAUCAGCACACUGUGUGGAGGCGGGUUUCAAACUAGAGAGACCUACUGUGUUCAGGUCUCUGAUGACUCAACGCCACACCACAGGAAGGAUGCAUCCAGGCCCGUGAGUGCACAGCUUUGUGCAGCGGAACAACCUCCGUCAGCUGUCCAACACUGCACCGUCCCCUGCCAGCACCACUGCCUGCUGUCACCGUGGUCUCCCUGGGGCGCCUGCCUACAUGACAACUGCAACGAGUCACAGGGGAGGAAAGGUUUCAGACAGAGAAGGAGAGAGGUGUUGUGGGAGUCCAGCAGUCCUUCAGAGACUUGCCCUCACCUGGUAGAGUCCAUCCCCUGUGACAACCCCACAUGUUAUCUGUGGCAGGUACAACCAGAGGGCAGAUGCAUUCCCAACAAAAGCUCCUGUGGUUCUGGGACUGCCAUCCAUAAUGUGACCUGUGUCAAUGCUGAAGGAGAGGAGGUGCCCACUGACCACUGCACAGAUGAUGCUCCACCCCAAGAAGUGGCCUGUGAAGUGCCCUGUCCUGGAGACUGUGUGGUUGGCUCCUGGUCUUCCUGGUCACCGUGUUCACACAGUUGUGCCACCAAACAUGCAGAGGGCCGACAGAGUCGCACCCGUGAAGUACUGGCCUUCCCUGGAAAGGGGGGGAAGGAGUGCCCAGCUGCUCCUGCCCUGGAGGAGUGGAGGAUCUGCAAUGACCAUCCCUGCAUGGUGUUCUUCUGGGAGGCCACAGCCUGGGGCCCGUGCAUUGAGGAUUCCUCCAUGAAUUUGAAUGGAACCAGCUUCUGGAAUGGGACUCCCACCUGUGCUUUUGGUGUCCAGAUCCGGAAAGUCAGUUGUGUGAAGCUAGAUGUUGGACCUGUCCUCAAUAAAAGAUGUCCAGAUUCUGUUCGUCCAGAAACAGUCCGGUCCUGCUUGCUUCCCUGUAAGAGAGACUGCAUUGUGACACCCUUCAGUGAAUGGACAGCUUGUCCAUCAACUUGUAUACCAGAGAACGCAACUGCCGCCACACAGUCUCGAUACAGGAUCAUCACUCAGAGGCCGGCCAGCAGAGGUCAGGAGUGUCCCGACACGCUGUACGAAGAGAGGGAGUGCGACUCACUUCCUGUAUGCUCAGUCUUCAGGUGGAAGACACACAAGUGGCACAGCUGUACACUGGUUCCAGAUUCUGUUCGACGUGGAAUAACUGGACUGGGAGAAAUAUGUGGAGAUGGCUUAGAGACCAGAGGAAUCAGUUGUGAGGGAGAAAACAAUGAGCCGGCCAAUAUGACAGAGUGCUUGCAAUGGGCGGGACCGUUGCCCCCUCAGAUUAGACGAUGUCACAUCCCUUGUAAGGAUGACUGCACUCUAACUACAUGGUCCAAGUUCUCUGAAUGCGCUGAAUGUGGCAACUCCAGAAGUCGAAAACGUUCUCUCACAGGUCGCAGUAAAAAGAAGGAGCGAUGCCUCGAUGUGGAGCUGUACCCGCUGGAGGAGACAGAACCGUGUCCCUGUGAUGAGUUUUUGUCUCAGCCACAUGGGAAUUGGUCUGCCUGCAUCUUCCCUGAUCCUUCAGCUCCUGGGUCUCUGCACGGCUGGAUGAGUCACCAAGAUGUAAAGGAGUGUGGUCAAGGUCUGCGGUAUAGAGCCGUGGCCUGCAUUAGCCGACAAGGUCACCUAGUCAACCCCACACUCUGCACACAUUCAGGCUACAUGGUGGAAGACUGCCAUAUCCCCUGUCCACUGGAUUGCAAGCUCAGUGACUGGUCAGUUUGGUCUGCCUGCAGUCAUUCUUGUGGCAGCGGGCUGAAGAUCAGGUCCAAGUGGCUCAGGGAGAAAGCGUUCAAUGGGGGCCGACCUUGCCCAAAACUGGAUCUGAAGAACCAGGCUCAGGUGUAUGAGGCCAGGUCUUGCCACAGCAAAUGCCGCCAGUAUGAGUGGAGGACUGAGCCCUGGUCUAUUUGUACCAUCAACACAGUGGAUGAGCUGCCAGCCUGCGGGGAGGGAGUCCAAAGCCGCAAAAUCAGGUGUGUGUGGAGGGGAGCGGCGCACGCUGAGGCCAGCAGUGUGGACGACGGUUUAUGUGAUCAAGACGAAAUGCCACCCAGGGCUCGGGUCUGCUCUCUUCCCUGCCCCAACGACUAUGUCAUGGCACCCUGGGGACCGUGGAGCAGCUGCCCUCUGCAGUGUGAUGAAGGAACAACAAGGAACAGGAGUCGACAUAUCCUCCGCUUCCCGGCCUCUGACAACUUGGCUAGUCCAGAGUUGAACCAGACUGAACCUUGCAUUCUCAACAGCACCUGCUUCACUUACCAACACAAGGUUUCAGAGUGGAGUACAUGCCAGCUGAGUGAAAAUGCCAUCUGUGGUUGGGGUUCUCGUUUGCGCCACCUGGGCUGUGUUUGUAGUGACAGCAAGAUUGUGGACCUACAGAUGUGCAAACAGUUUGGUCUGAUUAACAAGUGGAGACUGUCCGAAAGCUGUGUGGUCGACUGUCCAGUCAGCUGCCUGCUCUCUGAUUGGUCACCGUGGACAGAAUGCUCGCACACCUGUGGCAGUGAAGGACAGUCUGUGCGCACUCGGAGAGUCCUACAGGAGGCCCACGAGGGGGGCCGGCCUUGUCCUACCCAAGUUACCCAAACUAGACCAUGUCCCAUAAUACCAUGCUACACCUGGCUGCUGAGUAACUGGUCAUCCUGCACUGUAGAGGGUGCCGAGUGUGGUGAGGGACAUCGGAGGAGGAGUCUUUCCUGUAUGGUCCACUGGGGAAAAGGAUCCAAGUCUCAUCCCCCUCAGCCUGUGGAGGAGGAGCUUUGUGGAGAUAAACUGAGGCAGCAGGUCCAACAGGAGCUGGAACAGCCCUGCUUCGUCCCCUGUCCAGGAGACUGCCAUUUGAUUGAAUGGUCAUCAUGGAGCUCUUGCCAGCUGACCUGUCUGGAGGGGCGGAGCUUUGAGGCCACAGGUCGCCAAGCCCGUUCCAGAGCUGUGAUCAUUCAGGUCAUGGAGAACCAAGCAAGCUGCCCACAUCAAGUGUUUGAGACCCAACACUGCAAAGGAGGGAAAUGCCACAGUUACCAAUGGAGGACGGGGGCAUGGAGCAACAACGAAAGAGCAGUGUGGUGUCAACGCGCAGACGGUGUCAACGUGACAGGGGGGUGUUUCCCACAGAACAGGCCAACCACGGUCAGACACUGCCAUCCAUCGUGCACCAAACCCUUCUCACACUGCACACCGAGCGGAGUAUGUGGCUGUGAGAAGGGUUACACUGAAGUGAUGACCACAGACGGCUUCCUGGACUACUGCACCAGAACCCCAGGAGUGGACAACAGCAAGAAAGCUGAUGUGAAGACCAACUCUGGGAGAUUAAAACCUGGGCCGUCUCAGGCGCAGGACCUCUUCAGUGAGUGGACCUUACGGCCUGUUGGACCAGCUCGAUGUUCACCCAAAUGA